AUGGUGUUGGAUAUUGAACACCUCAAGCCUUCGGUUCGACCCAAACGUUGCACUAAGAUCACUGUAUGUCAACAUUCAAAUUUUACCAUAAUGUUCUGUGUACAUUCACCCGGAAAUAUGCAAAAAAAGGGAAAACAAGUUAGUUCUCAAUCGACUUGUUUCAUUUUUUUAGCCAAAGGAAUUGCCGCUGUCGCUAAAAUACGUGAAAUUAAUGUGGAGACAGAUCCAGAGAAAAUUGUAAACUGCUGCUGUAUUAAUUAUAGAAUAGGUGAACAACCUAUUCCACUGAAGCCAGAUAAGUAUGGAUUUUUUAUAAUUAACCCCCGUAGUGAGUAUCCGGAUUGGCUCUGGAAAUUACGGACAGAUAGAGGUUCUCCCCCUCUUGAAGAGGUUGAUAAAAAUUCCUACUAUUAUUGGAGACGAAUUAGAAAAAUGAACCGUAACCUGAUCAAUAAGUUGGCUUCCGUGGAUGGGUGGCAUAGGAAGGAUCAUCGGUCGUUUGAAAAUCAUGCCCUUCGAUUUUAUGGUAACUUGUACUUAGCUGUUAGUGAAUGGUCUAAUUUAAAGAAACUACUUGAAAAUAAAAAUUAA